AGCGAGAAGAUCUCCUUGGCCAACCCUCUGGCGCGGACCGAUGCUUGUGGAGGAUAUGUUACAGAGCUUCACAUAGACCCACAAUACCUUUUUUUUUUUCCUUUCUUUUCGAACCAAUCUUCUUUUUUUUCCAGCUCUCAAAUUUAAUUCAGCUCAUCAAUUAAGUCUUUUUUUUUUUAAUAACGGGCCGAGGGGCGAUAAUUAACAACAUCGGAAAAAAAUUGAUCAUUCAGAACAAAAUAAAAAGCGUAACCUUUUUUUUUGGGGGGGGUCAAAACGAAAUAAAGUUGACGAAAUAGGUUCUACUGUUAAUCCAGUAGGACAGGAAACAGAAAGUCUAAUACAAGGGCGACUAUUUAGUGACUGAGCAUCAAAACAGCAACCGGAAAUAGUCUGAAAUGUUAAGGUUACAAGUGGAGAUUACUGUAAGGAUAAAUAAAUAGGACAUCACCGUAUUCUAUUGUCUCGCUUCAUCCAUUUGCCGAUUGCUUCAGUUGCUGGCCCCUGAAGAAGUAGCCAACUAACAAACAACUGAUCAAGAUCAAAGUGUUGUCGAAGAUAGAACCGCCGCGACGUUAAAAAGGUAGAUCACCCUACAUGGUACGCUGGGCUGUGGUUAAAUAGAGUUGUCAAGUCUGCCGCUGCUGUGGUCACCGCAACAGAAACACAAAACAACCAGUUGGGUACUGAAGGGAGUCAAAAUGUUAAGCCGUGGGCGACAGUGUACUCUUUCAUCAGCAGGGAUCAUGACGCAAACAUUUUUGCGAGUAAUUAUUCGAUGGAAAGGUCUCACAGAAUCACUGUAGCGAAAGAGCAAUUUUUGAGAGUAGCAGAAGCCAGAGGACCCGGGACACCCUGCGUGGAGCAGCUUUCCACACCUAGCGUGCUACCCGUCACACUUGAACGCCGUUGGCUCACUAUGCAAGCCGACCUUCCCAAAGCACAAGAAUCCAUCCUAUCAGCUUCUACAACCGCAUCCGCCUCAUCCCAAACCGCAGCAGCCAGCAGCUCAACCCCAUCCUCAUCGCCGCCCUCCCCGACCGCAGCACCGGCUGUAGAACCAGCAUUCCAGGCCACCACACAUGCUGUGACAGCGAGGGCAGCACCGGUAGGGACCACGCUACCGCAACUCAUCGUACCGUCACCGGCAGCUCCAUCUUCGGCAGCAGAAUCCUUUGUGGGUAAGAAGAGAUUGACACCGGGAGAGGAGAGCCCGGUGAUCAUCCUAACUCAGCAUCAAGAUGACCAAGAAGCUCCAGAAGAAACAGUGUCGGAGCAGCGGCCCGUCUCCGACACUGCCUCAACCAGGAAACUCAAGCGACAAGAACAGACAACCCUUUUUCUGGCUCCAAACCCAGAGGAAGCGAAAAGCCAACUUUCGACCCAAGAAUCAACAAGGGAAAGAGGCAGAGAGUUGGAACGUAAAGGAAGCAGACAAACGCUGCAUACCUCCCUGGACGUUUCACCGAAGCGGGACGUUUCUGACGUCAUGCAAUUUUUCCAGGAGCAAGAGAAAAGCCUGCAGGCCAGCUUCCUGUCUCUGCCCAAAACAACUCACAAGAAGCAGCGCUCGCGCAGCCCCAAAAUUCACCACGCGGCUGGUCUUCAACAUCUCGACAAUCUCAUCCACCUCAUGGAGCAGCUGACGUCGCUCAAGGAUGAGAACAGCCGGCUGCGCAAGCGCUGUGAAUACCUGGAGAGCACGAAAGUACUGCUUCAAGCCAAACGGGAUCUUUCCUUUGAGAGCAGUAGUUCGUCCUCGGGGUUCGUAACAUUGCAAACGAAACAUAAGCAUCACCAUCACCCGCAUCACCAUCAUCACCACCACCACCAUCAUCACCAUCCUCAUCUUCAACAACAGCACGAUACAGCUCAAGGGACAUCGGAUCAGGAGCAGCUCGCUAGCCUUCAGGAGGAAGGCGCUGCAAGACUGAGCAGGCCAAGAAUCUCCAGCGCAGAAGAGCUUGGCUUCUACGAGCAUGUUGACACAUCUUCAGACCAACGUCCCAAACGACCAAAAUGUACAGCGAUGCACAAACGAAGCUUCUCCACAGGAUCUCUGGAGGUGCCCUCAGAUUUUUCCCCGGAGGUCACCGGCUUGGAAACAAGGAAAAGAAGCAAGUCCAAGCCGGGGAGGAGCAUCUUCAGCAAAUCAACUUCUUCAAAACAGAAAACCAAAGGCUCUAAAUGGGCUCGUGUCAAAAAGGUAUUGACAGGGCAGAAGCUGUAUGAAGACUUAGGAACGACUAUCAGGUCUAUCCGCGACUUGGGCAGGUCGUCUCAUCACACGAGGUACUCGGUACCGGACACGCUUCAAGACGUGAGCCAAUCAUCGAGGUUGACAACAGAGCAGCGUCCUCUGAAUGGAAAACCGCACAGCGAUCAGGAGCAACAAGUAAUGCGCACUUCGACUACAGAAAGUUACAAGUCUGUAGACACGGAGGAUGGUGACUUGGACUUGACAUCUGACAUUUGGAUGGGUCCUCCAGAUUGGUGGGAGGAGUACGAAGCCCGCAAGGAGAGCGGAGGCUCCACCAACAGCGACAUCAGCUCCGUCAUCGAGGUCACCACCAUGUAUCUCGGCACCAAGAAGGAGUCCACUACCUCCACACUGGUGGCCAGCGCCCCCAAUGAGAACUACCUAACCGUUGACAAGUCCUUACCACGCAGACAAUCCAGCCCCAGCCUCAGCGUGAAGGAAGCCGCGGAAGAAGACGAUGUUCUGGACGAAUUAGCUGUUACCUCAGACAGCCGGCGCCCUCUGCAUAAAUCUUCCAGCUGCAAAAGCGCAGACCUCGACCUUCCAAAGUCUCCCGAGUUCUCCUCAGAGGGUAGGCAAUCCAAAAAGAGUCACCGGACAGCCUGGGGAAGGGUCAAGGAUAUUAUACACACCCGAAAAGACAGCAUCAGAAAGAGGCCCAAAAGGGAGCGCACUGGAAUUGACAGCGAGGAGCCCAGUGAAGUUGAUAUGGAGGCGAUCCUAGAAGACCAGUGGAGAUCCGAGGGCGCCGGAGAAAGGACGACUCCUAGAACGUCGCCUAUGGCAAUCAGACAACACAACGGCAGGGGCGAAGCCUUAACAACGUCACCAUCCAGUGGUCAUCCGAAAAGAUCGCCGACACGGACAUCAAGCUAUCAGGGUGGACCAGCAGAUAUGGCAGCGCUCUUGGCUGGUAGUCUCAGUGACGACUUUGCCAGGAAAAUGCAACAAUGGGAAGCAAUGAGGAGUAAAAAGUCAACAUCUUUCAGAGCUUCCAUGGACGAGAGCGACCUGGCGAGUGUCGAAAUGUCUGGAGCGUCGCAGGAUUAUCCAAUCAGGACUAUCGAUCUUCGUGAUUUGAAAGGAAAAGUUCCUGACAGUAGCUCCGACGCUGCCACGGUUGAUGAGUCCAACACGUCAAUGGAGGUUUUAGGAGCGCCCACCAUCAACGUCGAGGAGAUUCAAAUGCGGAUCACUGACAGUUUUUCUAGAAAGAUGCAGGAAUGGGAACGCAUGAAGUAUAAAAGCCCAGCGGCCCCUGCGCGAGACACCAGUCCGGAAAUGGAGCGAAAACUGAGCAAAGCCAGAAAGGAAGAAAGACAGAAAAGUAAACGCUCGAGAGAAGAGAAAGAGAAAGAGAAAUGGGAACGUCAAAGAGAAAGGGACAUUCAGAAGGUUGAAAGAGAGCAACAGAAACUGGAGAAAGAAAAAGUGAGAAUCGAGAAAGAGAGACUCCGGACACUGGAACGAGAAGCCAAACUGGAGAAACUCAAGGGGCGGCUCAGCCAAUCUGAGGCUGACUCGAGCUGCAAGUCGCCCACACUGACCUCGUUGGCAGAGUAUAAGGUAACUGCAGACUUCGCUCGCAAGCUUCAUGAAUGGGAACUGAGGAAAGGACUCUCCCAUGAUGUCUCCAACUCGAUCUUCAGAGAAGCUCAAGAGUUGAGCUUAAAGCUCAGCGAAGAAGACAGCGAAGACAAUGCUGAGAAAGGCGGACCCAGGGGCGUCCCUAGGACAGAAGGAGGCAGGAAGGGGGUACCCCCGCCGCCCCUGACGUUACAGCCCUACUGGGACUCUCCGGAGGACACGUCGCCCGUGGAGCGUCUGUCAGAGGUCAGUCUUGGGGAUGAAGAAACCUGCACGAGCGUGACCGAAGAGUGCUUGACCAAGUCCAACAUUGCAGCACUGGAGAGAGCCAAUACUCAACUGUUAGAAAACUUACAACAGAAGGAGAUGGAGUAUGGAGCAGUCCAGGAGGAGGUUCAGAAGGUCAAGGAGAAACUUUCAAAAGUCCGAGAUGAGCACGCAGCAGAAAUGGCUCGCUUUCACCGUGAACUGGCCCAGGGGAACUUCUCUGGCCCCUUGAAGCUGGAAGUGGGGGAACUGGAGUCCACCACGAGGGAACUGGAGGAGAGAAUCAAGGUGAUGGAGAACUUCGGGGAGAAACUGGCCAUGUCGAUGGAGAGUGCCGCAGUUGGGAAAUGGCAGAGCAUUGAAGGCGAAGAGACGGUUCACACCCAGUUAGUGGAGUUGGUGGACCAGAUGAGAACAAUGCUUAUCCAGGCUUCUAAGUCAGACGAGCACAGCCAAAAGACGAUGGCGCUGUCUAAUUUUGAGACUCUGUACAGCCAAGCCAUGAAGCUGCAAGUCCAGAUGAACAACUUGAGGUUGAGUCACCUGGAACGUAAUCGCGAGAUCAUGAGCAUCAAGAGGCAGCUGCUGCUCCAGGAAGUCAACAACCUCCUUCUUCAGGCUGACAUCACCAGGAGAGAGACAGAGCUCUACCAGUUUCAGGAGGCCAGGAGGUUCGCCUCCGUCAAACGCUGGAACACCUUCAGCGGUACGGACAGACAAAGGCCUCAGGUAAUGAUGGAAUUAUCGUCAGCUCCGCCCACUAGACCUGUGAUAGACACGCCCACUAGAUCUGUGAUAGACAGAGAGACGAAAGGUCAGGCUCCAGAAGGUUCCCGUGUCAACAUUCCAUACAUGGCAGAAGAGAUGUUCAGGCCAUCCACUUAUGUUGGCUCCUAUAUGUCCGCCCCUGCUUCACCAACCACCCUGGCUGCGGCAGCUACCCCUCCAGCUGCUUCGGUCAUUAGCGCUGCUGGUCAGCGACAUUCCAGCCUUGGGGCCUCCAGAGAUCUGGCGAGAGAACAGCUUCAGACUCUUCUUGUCCUGCCACCAUCUCUCAGGACAUUGAGUUCCACCAUCCAGAGGUCCUCGCCUCAAGCGCGAUCAGAGGACACGGCGUCGGAGUCGUCUAGAACCUCCAGCCAGUCAUCGCAAAGGAGGCCGACGCCAAGCGUGACACGGACGCCUGUGUCUGCAACACAAGCUGACGCCGCGGAAGCAUCCAAGUCUACCACGCUCAAAAUCGAACCACCAAAUGACGUUCCCAUGGCGGCGUCAGCGAAACCAGAAAUUACAACAAUUUGCGAUUCAGCUCCUCUUUUCCGAGAAAUAGAGGAGCUGAAAAGAGUGAAAGGCAAAGUGGAAAGGGGGUCUCCCACUUUGAUUAGGAGGAAGAGGGACGGGCCUUCUCCAGCACCUUCCCCUGGAGAAGGCCCACGACCGUCAGGAAAAAUUGAGUCCCCCGACCAAACCAUUCCACAGCUGCGAAGCCUGGACUCGUCCAGAGCGGAAGCGGCUGAGCUCAUCAAUGAUGACAUUUUCCCAAUAAAGUCUGUGAUGGAAUGUACAGAAGAGACUAAUGUAGACGAAAAGACACCUUUAACUUAUGACACUACUGCCAUGGGGGUCCCGGUAGGCGAGAGGUUCCCUAUGGCCGGCCCUUCUGGCAUGGACCUACCCCCUACCAGUGACCCUGGCAAAGUAUCCCGAACAAAGCACAAAUUAUUAAGACGUCAAAAAGAAGAGACGAAACUCAAAGACUACAAAGCCAUCUCCCCACAAGGCAGCCCCAUAGCCACCAGAGGAAAACCGCCCCUCCCUCGCCCAUCCGCGCCCACUAAACCUUCGUCAUCAUCAUCUCCAGCCCCUGAGAAAAGUCCGAGAUCUAAAAGCUUAGGAGAUGUUGAACGUAGUCACGGGAGUUCAGCCGAAUCAAAACCUCUGCAAGAUGCCAUCAAUAGGUUUGAAAAGAGGGCCACAGUGUGUGAGACUGAAGACCGACCUAUUGAACUAAGGAAAACUCCAAGCCCCACACUUCAUCUACCACGAGUUGGCUUAGUAACACGAGUAAGAAGGCUGAAACCAGCCGCUGAACUGUUGGAAGAGAGCCAACGCUACAGGAGUGGUAGUUCCAUCUACGCCACCCGUAUAAUGCCUAGAUACUUGAAUAAGGAUGAUAGCAAGAUUCAGGAUUCAACAAAGUCCACACCCAACAAGGAAAACCUCGCAGGGACAUACGUUCACGCGAUCGUCAGGAGGCUGUCAAGGGAAAGCACUCCCACAAAAAGCGCUGCUUCUUCAAGAACAAAUUCAGAGCUGUCACUGAAACGGGCCGACUCUCCAAGAUCACAGUCUGAAUUUGUAAGUCAGAUCGUAAGAAGGCUUUCCUCUGCCAGCACCACUGACGCUCACAGAGGUCUAGCUCCAUUCAAAGACCUCACCAACGAAGGCAUUGUCAAGAAGCUUGCCCAGUCUUUCAGCGCACACCCAGUGAAAAGCUCCCCAGACAGAACGCUGUCGGACUCUGACAUCGACAGACAAGUAGGUGAAACAUCUGCAUCCACUGUGGCACAAAAGAGGAAGUCCUGCGAAGUAGCCAUGGUGAUGACGUCUGCACUAUCUCCGACGUCAGAGGCGUCUAUCAUCAUGGUGUCCUCGAUGUCUUCCAAUGACGGCAGCGAGUGCGCCCAUGCUUCAUCAUCUGCCCCAACCAAUCACCAAUCACUUCCGAUUCUCGCUGUUCCAUCUGCAGCCGCUGCAGAAGAAGCUUCCCGAAGCCGUGCAGCAACGUACAGUGUGCCAGAGCCGGAAAAAGCAAAACAGCCUGAAGCUCCGGCCGUGAAAUCACCCAAAAGUGGGGAAGAUUCAGCCAGAAAGGGGACAAAGACCAAAUCAAAAUCUAGCAAGGCAGAAAAGAAAGGCGAGUCUAGUCGAUCUCCCGAGAGACGAGGGACAGGGCGAGGGGAAACCGUUGGCGUUCUGUGUAAACAGUCAAUUUCAUUUGACUUAGGAGUCUCGUUGUAUACACAGAAACAGGAAGGAGAGACUCCGGGGAAGUCAAGGCAAGCCAGAAGCUGGGACCCGAGCGAAACUAUCAAGCACGAGGUCGCUGCGGCUGCCUCUUCAGCUCUAGAAACCCCGGGCCACUCCAAGUCACCCAGGUCUUCGUCGCCAACGGUUUUAGGGGCCACGGCUAUGGAAGAGCCCUCUUGUAGUUCCCAGGGGGAGGGGCCCCCUGGAUCGCCGACUAGCGAAGAAAAGAAGAAAAGAAGAUUUCUCGAUGCUAGCUGGCUGCAGAUUUCCAAAAAAUUCUUUAAAGCAUCCAAGUGAAUCUCUUGUGGCUGGGAUCAGGCGGAAGCUGACGGCCUACAAGUGCUAUGUUAACAAGCCACACCCCGUGGCGUUAGCAGAGCUGGCCAGUCACCAGAUGGAGAGGGUACAGUUGCUCUGAUACUGCCUCGCCCCGCUAACAGAAAAGGGCGCCAUGGUAUCCAGCACCCUAGCUGGACAAAGAAGCGAACCAAGCCCCCUUUAAUGGUAUCAGUUGGUUAAGGCCUUGUGGCUAUACUCGACAUGAAGAUUCGGACAUUUGGUUAUUUCCUCUCCGAGUUUCUUUGUUUUUUCUCCUCUUGAGUAUUUCUUAUAUACCGAAAGUCUAGAAAAGGCUAAUAAAAAAAUAAUCAAAACACUGCAGUGAAGCAACAUCAUUUAAAUAAUAAGCAUGUCUCUAUCAUUUACAAUGCAUUAAAUUUGAAGGGGCGAACAAAGGCAAAGUAAUCAACGAGAUGGAAAGCCAAUUGUCUGGUCAGGAAGUGUCCACAAGGUCUAGUCUGAAACCACAUGAAGAGGCAGUGUCCACAGAUUGCCCGGCCACUUGAAGAUUUGUCUUUUAACAUCCUCGAACCGAAAAAUUGGAAAAUUUAGAAAACAGCAAAGCACAAAAUUCAACAGCUUUUUCUUUUUCUAAUUCAACCUUCACUCCAGAAGAUGUUUGAACGAAUUAAUCCCCAGUUCAUCUUGGGGAAACGAGUCGACUUUUGUCAAAUCAAUUUUAUUUUAUUUCCUUUAUUUUAUUUAUUUAUUUAUUUUAUUAUUUUAUUUUCCAAAACUAAAGGGAAAAAAUGUUAGGAAAUUUUAAUUAUUUUUGGCAAGUUUUUUUUUUUUUAUUUCAGCUCAAAAUAAAAGUGGCCAAAUUGUCAAAUUUA